UCCUUUACAUGCGCAGAGAUUCAAGAACCAGACAAGUGAAAGCGCGUGUCCAAUACUCACGGGAAAAGAGAGCCAGCACGAACUGAGAUUGUUUUGUGACUUUUCUGCUUUUGCUGAACUGUUUGACGGAGGUACAGUGACCUGUGUGGAGAUUUCUCCAAUUGCGAUUUUCUUUAAUUGCGAAAGCGUAAAUAUUGUCGGAUCUUCCGUAGUGGUUUAGAUCCGGGAGUUUGCCCAUAUGCUGGAGUCAGAUUUAGAUUCGCAUUAGUUUGUUAUUUGGCACCGGUUUGAUCGCGGUGUCAUAUCGGCUGUGGAUUGAUCCCGCUCAGACUGUCAACUGAUUUUCCAUCUGCAAACAGUGAAAGCGUCUUCUCAUUAGGACACGGCUGUGUUUCAGCACAGGAGAGACUAAGGAAGGCGCAUGAUGAUGUUGAGGGUCUCGGAUGCUUUGGUCAUUUUGGUGACUCUCUACUGUGUGGUCAAAGGGACUGUCGGCGGAUACGGCAUGAGCAUGUUCGCCGCUCAGACCUCUCCACCGGAUCCGUGCUACGACGAGAACGGUCACCCCACAAGAUGCAUCCCCGAUUUCGUCAACGCGGCGUUCGGGAAGGAAGUGCGCGCGUCCAGCACCUGCGGCAAAACACCGAGUCGGUACUGUGUGGUGACUGAGAAAGGGGAUGAAAGGCACAGAAACUGCCACACGUGCGACGCGUCGGACCCAAAGAAAUAUCACCCACCUGCUUACCUAACCGACCUGAACAAUCCUCACAACCUCACCUGCUGGCAGUCGGACAAUUACAUCCAGUAUCCUCAAAACGUCACUUUAACAUUGUCCCUGGGCAAGAAAUUCGAGGUGACCUACGUGAGUUUGCAGUUCUGCACACCGCGACCAGAGUCCAUGGCUAUCUUUAAAUCGAUGGACUACGGAAAGUCCUGGGUGCCUUUCCAGUACUACUCGACCCAGUGUAGAAAGAUGUACAACAAGCCCAGCAAAGCCACGAUCACUAAGCAAAACGAGCAAGAGGCCAUCUGCACAGAUUCUCACACCGACAUGCACCCUCUCUCCGGCGGGUUGAUCGCGUUCAGCACCCUGGACGGGCGACCCUCCGCGCACGAUUUUGACAAUUCACCCGUACUUCAGGACUGGGUGACCGCCACAGACAUUAAGGUGACUUUCAGCCGACUGCACACUUUCGGAGACGAAAAUGAGGAUGACUCGGAGCUGGCCAGAGAUUCCUAUUUUUACGCCGUGUCAGACCUGCAGGUCGGAGGCAGAUGUAAGUGUAAUGGACACGCGUCACGGUGCGUCAAAGACCGGGAUGGAAACCUGGUGUGCGAGUGCAAGCACAAUACAGCCGGACCAGAGUGUGACAGAUGCAAACCUUUUCACUAUGACCGACCCUGGCAGCGCGCAACCGCCAGAGAAGCCAACGAAUGUGUCGCAUGCAACUGUAACCUCCAUGCGAGGCGCUGUCGUUUCAACAUGGAGCUUUACAAACUCUCCGGGAGGAAAAGCGGAGGAGUCUGCCUGAACUGCCGCCACAAUACGGCGGGUCGCCACUGCCACUACUGCAAGGAGGGCUACUACAGAGACAUGUCUAAGCCCAUCUCUCACAGAAAGGCCUGCAAAGCUUGUGAUUGCCAUCCUGUGGGGGCCGCGGGCAAAACCUGUAACCAAACCACAGGCCAAUGCCCCUGUAAAGACGGUGUGACGGGUAUCACAUGCAACCGUUGUGCUAAAGGCUACCAGCAGAGCCGAUCUCCCAUUGCCCCCUGCAUAAAAAUUCCCAUUGCUCCACCAACCACCACUGCAAGCAGCACAGAGGAACCUUCAGACUGUGAAUCCUACUGCAAGGCUUCCAAAGGCAAGCUGAAGAUCAAUAUGAAGAAGUACUGCAAGAAAGAUUACGCUGUUCAGGUCCACAUCCUAAAGGCAGACAAAGCCGGCGAGUGGUGGAAGUUCACUGUCAACAUCAUCUCUGUCUACAAACAGGGAGAAAGCCGAAUCCGCAGGGGGGAUCAGUUUUUGUGGGUCAGAGCAAAGGACGUGGCCUGCAAGUGCCCAAAGAUCAAGCCCGGCAAAAAGUACCUGCUGCUGGGCAACGAUGAGGAUUCCCCUGGACAAAGCGGAGUGGUGGCAGACAAGGGCAGUCUGGUCAUUCAAUGGAGGGACACUUGGGCUCGAAGACUCCGGAAGUUUCAGCAGCGGGAGAAGAAAGGAAAAUGCAAGAAAGCAUAGUGAGGGGAAAAAGAAAGAGGAGGCUAUCAAGAGCUGGACAGAGAAACAACAGACGAGUGGUGGAUAAAAAGAUCAUAAGGGAAAGGAAGAGAAGGAAAAAAGACGGACUAAACAUCGCUGCUUUGAAUAAAGGCAUGAAGAGAAUAUUAACUUUUUUUUUUUUUUUUUUUAAAUAGGAACAUGUGUGAAGGAGUUCACGAUGCAGUUUUCAUUUCUUAUUUGUUUCCUUCAAGAUUUGUUUGCUGUUUGCCAAUUUUGCACCUGUGUUCAGCAUAAAGAAAGGUAUUUUAUGUUAAAUGGCUUUCAGAUCCAUUUUGGACGGUUUCAGUCUGCUUGAGAAUCAGAUUAAGCCAUAUUUAAUAUUCUAAAACAACCUGGGGAUUGAGGAUUGAUACAUUCAAAAUCUUGUACUCAUGCUUGUACAAAUCCUAAAAUUAUUAGCAUGCAUUUACAAUUAUUUUUGAACUUGGAAUAAAACCACCAUGUAUAUUUUUGUAUAAGACAUGAUGAUUGAGGUAGAUGACUCUAAAUACAAACAGCAGUUCUUGCUCUAUUUGAUGCUCUGAUUCAGUUGUUUAUAGUCCAGACAUGGAUGAUGACGUCCUUUUGUUAAAACAGAACUUCAGUGCGACGAGUCCAGUGUAUAAACAGGCCUUUUCGUAAGUCCUGGAAGUGUUGGUAGAAUGGUGUUUAUAGGUAGUAUUUUUCCUUGUGUGUAAUACAGUAUUUAGAAGUGUACGAAUUACCUUUAACUAGUAUUCAUUAACUAGUAUUUAGUUUUGUAAAGCAACGGCAUCUCUCCUUAAACAUUUCCAUGUCCAUUUAGCAUCUGUGGAUGUAGGAAUGCAUGUACAGUAAUGUUUCACUACAAUAGAGAAUUCUCUUCACUGUGAGAAACGCUGCUCAUACACACACACACACACACACACGUUUAUUUGGUUACUAAUGAGACGGACGUUCUCUAAAGUACAGCUUUUCCACUGAUCUUUGAGGGUCAUUUAACAUUUGCUUCUGUGGUCAGUCCUUCACAGAUCAUUAAGAAAAUAAACUGCAAGAACUGAUCAUUUCAGCAUCAAAUACCAAAAAAGAAAAGAAAAGAAAGAAAAAAAGUCAAGAUUUGAUGAACGGUUUACGUGUGCAGUAAUUAUCAUCUUUACUCAAUGAUUAUUUCUUGUAAAUGUACACAAUGUAUGACAUACAGAUAUUUAUACAUAUGCUGUAUUUACCGGUUACAAACAAUAUUUGUAACAGCACAUGUAAAUGUAUUUUGUUUGGCACUCAGUAUCUUAGUGCACACUCUUUUUUAUUUUAAGUAUUCCAAUGAUGUAAAUUUAUGUUCAGUUUUUACUUUUCGCAGCAGUGGAAAGAUGGCUCCUGUAUUUGACAUUACCAGCAGACCUUUCAUACAUUGCUUCUUGUUCAUAUUAUGAAUUGUAAAUUUAGCUGUGGCAAAUACAAGAUUUCUGCAAUAUU